AUGGCCCUGUUAUUAUUGUCUCGUGGAGAAUCAUCAAUGGCGGCAACUCAAAUCUCUUUCAUUCAGUUUCUGGACCAAGCUGUUGGCAACAUCAAGCGCAAGUUCGAUGAUAUGAUCGCCAACAUUAGUUGUUGCAAAGCUAUCACAGAUUCAUAUACGAGGCAUGGCAAUGUGCUUGGUAAUGGCUCGUUGGACGACAUCAUGAACUCUAUUGGGCGUCAUUGCCAGUUAAGAUCCGAGGACUGGUUCUCAAACAAGAAUGAAGAUAAUAAUGGAGGAAACUCACCCGCUGUUUUCAGUGUGUUGGAUGAUAUGCUAAGGGAACGUCUGGAGCGGUUGAAAUCGAUGAGGGAAAGUAUGUCUCUGACGAACAUUGAUGUAGUUGCACAUAUCAAAGAAAACAUUGUUCUAGAUGGAAUCACUACUGUUGGUGUUAGAGAGCAUUCAUCAACAAUUAGGAAUUUAUGUCUAGGGGGUAAGUUGGGAGUUGCUUUGUUGCUGAGGAGAAAAAUGAUGCAGAAUGGUUUCGUGCCAGAUGUUUUCACCCACAAUCAUAUUGUGAAUGGACUAUGCAGGAUGGGGGAGCUGGACAUGGCAGGUAGGCUUAUUAGUGAAAUGUUGGAGAAGGGUCCGCUUCCCAACUCUGCCACCUAUAAUACCCUUGUCAAGGGUUACUGUCUCAUGAUUAAUCCUCAAAGAGCUUGCAAUCUUCUCUAUCAUAUGAGCAGAACUGGCUUCAGGAUGAACACUGUUACAGUUAAUAUACUCAUGGAUGCAUUCUGUAAGGAGGGCAUUUUUGAAGAAGCUUACAAAUUUUUGGACGAGAAUGUGACAGCGAAACCAGAUUCGGUAACCUUUACUAUCUUCAUGGAUGGCUACUUCAAGAGCAAAGAUUUUGGUAAAGCCCUAGGUGUUUGGGAAGCAAUGUUGGAAAAUAAUCUCCAGUUGGAUGUUGUUGCCUACACUGUUCUUAUCCAUGGACUUUGCUUGGCCCGAGAGAUAGAACUUGCAUAUAGCUAUUCUUGUCAAAUGCUAAAAAGAGGUAUACUUCCAGAUAUCUUUACAUACAACACCAUCAUAUCUGGCCUUUGUAGAGUGGGAAAAUUUGAUGAGGUGAAAUACAUACAGAAAGUGAUGCUAAGUAUGGGUGUCGCUCCAGAUCAAAUCUCAUGCAAAACGAUUAUUCGCAGCUUAUGCCUCCGUGAUGUUUAUCAGGCGAAAAAUUACCUAAUUUAUAUACAGAAGGCUGUAGUGCCGGAACCUCUGGUGUGGAACCUUGUAAUUGAUGGUCUUGCUAGACUUGGAGAUCUUGAUACAGCAGACCAAAUUCUGAAACAGAUGCUGUCGAAGGGUGUUGAACCAAAUGUGUAUACAUACAAUGCAUUGAUUCUUGCAUGUAUGAGAAAAGGAGACAUCAACACUGCAAUUACUAGGAAAGAAGACAUGCUUUCUAAAGGGAUUAAUCCUGAUGUGGUGACCUAUAAUCUCUUGAUAGGCGCCGCUUGCAAUGGUCAGGAUAUUCGGCGGGCAUAUCAAUUACUGUAUGAAAUGCGGCUAAGGAGCCUGGAACCGGAUAUGAUAACUUACACAAAACUUAUCCGAGCUCACUUUAUUAGUGGUGAUUUGAAUGCCGCACGGGAAAUCUUUUCCUACUUAAGGAAGACUGGUUUAGCUGUAGAUCGUGUUUCAUCUCUGAUACUUACCAAGAGUUAUAGAAAUAUGAGACAGAUAGGACGUUAUAUAAAGUGGCGGGAGAGGAAUCAUGGAAUCUUGGCUCUUCCAGAAGAGGCUGUAGACGCUUCUAGUUAG